AUGGAGCUGGGAGCUAGGGGAUUUCCAGGAGAACAUUUAUCUGGCAUUAGGUGGCCCGACAAACAAGGAUCAUGGCUGGAAACAUCGCCUGCCUCCUGGCAGUCGUUCACCAGCGUACCGGUAGCGCUAUGCCACGAUUUGGCCCAUCCAGACAAUGCGUUCGCCGCCUUGAGUGAGUACCACCGACGCAUCCGGAGGCCUCACAAGGACAACGAAGAGCUCGGCCUAAUUUUCAACGAUUACAUGAACUGUCUCAUGGGUGAUCCCACCGAAGAGAAAGUCAUAGCUCUCGUCGAUCCUGCUGUGAAGCUGGGUGCACAGUUCUUUGUCAUUGACUGCGCCUGGUAUGCGGACGACAGCGGCUGGUGGGACGAUGUUGGCGUUUGGGAACCAUCGACUAAACGAUUUCCGAAGGGUCUUAGAUCCCUACUUGAUCGUAUUCGGAGCAAGGGCUCACGCCCGGACUGUGGAUCGAGCCGGAGGUGGUUGGUGUUCGCAGUGUGGUCGCGAAUAUGUUGCCGGCGGACGCUUUCUUCCAAGAGAAUGGCCCGACGCAUCGUGGAGAAGGGCAGGUAUCAACCAGAUUAUCGACACCCUGAGGUCAUUCAUCGCCUGAAGAAAGUUAUCGACCACCUCGUCCUUAAAUACGGGGUCGGAUAUUCCAAAUUUGAUUACAACAUCGAAGUAGUCCAGGGCACAGAUGUAAACGCUUUCAGCCCCGCAGAUGGACAGCUCGGGCAUAACCGGGCCUACCUCGAAUGGGUUGGCAAACUGUACGACCGCUUCCCGGACCCGGUCAUUGAAAGCUGUUAUAGCGGAGGUCAACGCAUGGACUACGCCCUCCUAGCCGUCCACUCACUGCUAAGGCGUGGCCAUGUCGAGUAG